CGUUCAUUCAUGUAUGUAUGCGUCCUCGUCUUCUUCAUUCAUUCAUUAUCACUUCAGCUGCACAACGGCCGGCGAUUCCUUCGAAUAUUGAACCGAUUUUGGUGGAGAGUUUCUAUAUAAGUUUCUCGAGGAUUCACGGAAUUCUUCUGGAAGAUUCUUGACCUACGCCAGACAAUCAGGUUAAACAUGGGAACAAGGUCACUGGAAGGAAUAAUCUACCUUCUCAUUUCAUCCCUCCUCCUUCCCAUAGUCCUUUCGAUAUCUAGCAAUGGCCUUAUGAGAAUUGGACUAAAAAAGAUUACACUUGAUGAAAACAGUCGGCUUGCUGCUAGGCUUAUCAAUGAGGAGAUAAACACACUCAGAGCUUCUGGUGGAAGAAACCAUCUCCAUAGUUAUAUAGGAAAUUCUCCUUCAGCUGAUGUUGUAGCAUUAAAGAAUUAUAUGGAUGCUCAGUACUACGGAGAGAUUUCUGUUGGUACACCACCUCAGAAAUUCACUGUAAUAUUUGAUACAGGAAGCUCUAACUUGUGGGUGCCAUCUUCAAAAUGUUACCUAUCUGUUGCCUGUUAUUUCCAUUCCAGGUACACCGCAGGCCGAUCAAGCUCAUUUAAAUUGAAUGGGACACAAGCUGAGAUACGAUAUGGUACUGGUUCAAUAUCUGGACAUUUUAGUAGAGACAAUGUUCAAGUUGGUGAUCUAACUAUUAGCAAUCAGGACUUCAUCGAAGCAACAUCGGAGCCUGGUCUCACAUUUGUAUUUGCAAAGUUUGAUGGCAUACUUGGACUUGGAUAUCAGGAGAUCUCUGUUAGGAAAUCUGUUCCGGUCUGGUAUAACAUGAUGAACCAAGGUCUUGUUAAGGAUCCUGUGUUUUCAUUUUGGCUCAAUCGUAACACUGCUGACGAGGAAGGAGGCGAACUCGUGUUUGGAGGAGUUGAUCCAAAGCACUACAAGGGUGAACAUAUAUAUGUUCCUGUGACAAGGAAGGGCUAUUGGCAGUUUCAUAUGGAAGAUGUUCUCAUCAGAGGAAAAUCAAUCGGUUAUUGCAGGUCCGGUUGCUCUGCAAUUGCGGAUACUGGAACUUCUUUGUUGACUGGUCCAACGGAAGCAGUUACUAUGAUAAACCGUGAAAUUGGAGCGGCUGGAGUGGUUAGCCAGGAAUGCAAGGCUGUAGUUCAGCAAUAUGGCCAAACAAUUCUAAACAUAAUAUCCGGACAGAGGCCACCGAAUAAAGUUUGCUCUCAAAUUGGACUAUGCACUGAUGGAACAAAUGGAGUAAGUAUUGGUAUCAAGAGUGUAGUGGAUGAAAGAUCAGAUGGUCUCCCCAAUGCCAUGUGCGAAGCUUGUGAAAUGGCGGUUGUGUGGAUGCAAACUCAGGUUAUGCAAAAUCAGACAGAUGAUCAUAUAUUCAGCUACGUUGAUCAGCUUUGCAAUUCCAUCCCUAGUUCAAAUAAAGAAUCAUUUGUGGACUGUUCGCGUCUUUCAUCUAUGCCUACAGUUUCCCUUAAAAUAGGCGGAAAAGUUUUUGACCUCUCACCUAAGGAUUACAUAUUGAAGAUUGGAGAAGGUGCUUCAGCUAAAUGCAUUAGUGGUUUUACUGCUAUGGACAUUCCUCCUCCUUCUGGACCACUCUGGAUACUUGGUGAUAUUUUCUUGGGUCGCUAUCACACAGUAUUUGAUUAUGGCAACCAUAGAGUUGGAUUCGCUGAAGCAGCAUAAUAGAGAAAGCUGGUUGUACCAUCCUAAAUGAAUUCUUUAUCAUGUUGUAAAAUGUGUG